UUAUCAGUGGGUCAUUGUUAUGUUUGGGAGGACUGCUUGGGCGACGUGCUAGUUUUGGUGACUGGUCUUUGUUGUCUACCAUUCAAAUUCAAGUUAUCUGGAAACAAAGGGAUUAUGAUACAGUAACGGCUUUGUCUUAUCACAAAGCCAUGUAAAGAUGUCAGCAGAUUCUUCUAUCCAGUCAGCAGAAUCUGCUGAAAAUAUUAAAUAUGGAGAAUUGGUGGUUUUAGGCUACAAUGGACAUCUUGUGGCUGGGGACAAGGGGAGGAGAAGAAGCAAGUACAUUCUUUGGAAAAGAGCGAAGGCAAAUGGUGUCAAGCCAUCACAGAAACACCUGGUCACUAACCCUCAGUCCUCAAAGGCUGUUCAAGACCAGUCCAAACAUUCAGUGUCGUAUACACUGUCCCGCAACAAAGCCAUCAUUGUGGAAUACCUGAGGGAUGAAGACACAGAUAUGUUUCAGGUUGGCAGAUCAAUGGAAGGCCCCAUUGAUUUUGUCGUCAUGGACACGGUACCAGGCCAUCUACGCAAUCAACGCGACUCCGCACCCCAGAGCACAAUAUCAAGGUUUGCUUGCCGCAUCAUAGUCGACAGAUCCCCUCCGUACACAGCAAGAAUAUAUGCAGCAGGGUUUGACUCUGGCAGAAAUAUAUUUUUAGGAGAAAAAGCAGUAAAAUGGUGUUCAGACGACAAUGUAGAUGGACUCACAACGAAUGGAGUGUUUCUUAUGCAACCACAAGGUGGAUUUUCUCCGGCCGGUAAACCUGGUCCCUGGAGGGAGGUGUCAGUGGGAGGUGGUCUGUUCUCUCUCAGAGAUUCUCGACCUUCACCGCUGAAAAGUCACCAGAUGACAGAAGAAGACAACAUUCUGAGAGACGGUACCUUGAUAGAUCUGUGUGGAGCUACAAUAGUGUGGAGAUCAGCUCUGGGCCUUAUUGCUUCUCCUAGUGAAAACGAAUUCCAGCAACUGGUUGGCCGGCUCAAUGCAGGCAGACCUCAAUGUCCAGUGGGACUGAACACUCUGGUUCUACCCACCCGAGGCUCGCUCAACCUGCGAGACCGUCAGCCCUACGUAUACCUGCCUUGUGGUCACGUCCAUGGCAACCAUGAGUGGGGCCAGGCUGCGCCAGAUGCAAACAUCCGCAAGUGCCCACUUUGUCUGACGGAUGGAGCCUUUAUCAAGCUUCAGAUGGGAUGUGAGUUGAGCCUGUAUGUGGAUUCUGAGCAACCAACGUACUGCCUUGCUCCAUGCGGUCACAUGGUAUCAGAGUGUACAGCAAAGUUCUGGUCUAGAAUUGCCGUGCCGCACGGUUCCCAUGGAUUUCAGACCAUAUGCCCGUUCUGUGCCACUCCGCUGUCAGAAUCCACACCAUAUGUGAAGCUCAUUUUUCAGGACAACACGGACCUCCCCUGAUGUUUGUCUUGUGUACAUAGUUCCUGAUAGGUCUUGUUGUCCCCCCAGUGACCUCAAGCUAAAAAAAACAUCACUCAAAUGUUUUUGUGUGUGUGGGCCCUACCUCUCAGCAAAUAAAUGUCUAAUGUGAUGACUCGUUGCUGCUUCUCUGUGUAUAGGUAUGGCACUGAAAAGCAUAUUAAUAAACUCAAAGAUAUUGUGCACUUGCUAUUGCGAUUAGUAGCUUACUAACGGCAGAGGUGGUUUCUUGAGUACAUGCUUGUAUGCACUUUAAAUGAAGCUCACAAAUUUGAAGUAGGGGUAGGGUAGUGAAAAAUAAAUUGAAGUCUUGCUUGAAUUCUGAUCAUAAUUGUAGCAGCUGUGAACAGCUUUUGUGAAUGAAAUAAUAAACAUUUUACCCCCCCCCCCCCCCCCCCCCCCCUUUUUUUUUUUUGAGUAAGCAAUAUAUAAUUCUUUUGAGAGUGGCAAGUGUACCCAGUUAACCCUGUGUUUGUCGAACCUCUGUGUUUUAAUUAUUGCAUUCCCACAUUGUAUCUUUAUGUGACAUUUACAAUCUCAUGUUUUGAUAAUUACAAACAUGAGAGUGGAAAAAGCCAGUUACGGUAAAUCAUUACAGUUUAUGAUUUUAGUGAAUAUGUGUCGUUUUAUGUGUUGGUAUGGUGACAUUUUGCACUCAGGUGAAAUUGUACGUUGAAAUAGUUGAACGCAUGCACACAAUUGUCUUCAUUGGAAAAACAGUAUUUUAUAUUACAUAAAGAAAAGCUGUCGAAAAUCUUGUUAACUCACUUGAUACUUCUUGCUACAAGUAUAGCACAGCUGUAAGUUAACACUGUUUCUGUAACUCUUGCUGUAGUUUUGCUUGUUGAUAGUGUUUUUAGCCUUACCUCUCAACAGUUGCGGAAAUAAUAUUUCUUGGAUGAAUGCUUAGCCACUUCUGUUUGUAAUGGAAAUAAAAAUUGAACGAACAAGAAGGAAGUUCCAAAGCAAAAUCAAUCGCUGUUUUUCUUCUUGAAAGUUAAAAUAAGUUGUUGCCAGUGCUUAAAUCUCUUCUUUUAUUUUUUCCCCCUCUGAAUAUUUUUCCAAAAACCAUGACAUUGAUACCUAAGUUUAAUCCUUGCCCAACAAUUUGCAAUGAGCGUUAUUGUUUAAAAUGGACGUGAGAGUUCAUAGCUCUUGAUAUCUCAUAACUGGAAGACGCCUUUUAUUUUCCACAACCGCAGUGAACAUGAUUCUUUUCACCUUCUCAUCAUGUGUUUCUUGACUAGAAUUAGAAAGAUCAGUGCUGGCAUUGUGUCUUUCUUACCUCAAGGCUUGGACAGUAGCCCUCACUCUUUCAUGUUUUUGCGUUUUGAUUAUUCUGUCCUGGCUCCAGACACAGCUGUAUUUAUUUGUGAUUUGUCCUAAAGAAACUUUGAGAUUCUUUUGAAAAUCAAAGGUGAGUCUUUAUCGGCCCUGGUCUGUUCAUUAGACUUAUUGAAUGCUCUAGUCUCAAACUAUUAUCAAAACUUUUUCAUUUUCACGUGCAAAACUGAACAUUAAAUUUUGCAAAAUUGUUCUCUCUAGUCUUCAACAUGUGAACGCUCACAUUUUAAAAAAAUGGAAAUUUGACAGAAUUCAUUACAAGUAAGAAUUCUUAAAGUGUAAAUUGUAAUGUGUCUCGUUUAUUUUUUCUUUAUCCAAAGUGAAAUUGCAGCCGAAUCUUCACUGAUCUCUUACCCAUAACAUUUUUUUCAAUUUCGGUCACAAUUUUAUCUUUGGGACCCUUUAUCUUUUUUGUACUCAACACCAGGGUUGUCAAUGGCUAAGGCAGCAGAAUGAAAUUAGGGUUUUCUGAGGUGUGUACUUUCGGAAUGCACUAGUAUGUUUAGGGAGAUUGAUUUGUGUAUAUGGGGAGAGGGUUGAACGUUUAGAACAAUGCUUAUUUAAGAGACAAGAAACAUUGCCAUGUUCUUGCCUGAAGCAGGACAUUUGCGGGAUUCUCUGGGAAUUCCAGGUUUAUUUUUCAAAUAAUUAACAUGAUGUAUAUUGCUAAUAAGUGCUUGGUUCUUUGCUGUAGUAAUACCUGUUCUUACUUUUAUAAGAAUUGUAUAAAAAAGAAUUAUUUGCUUGUUUUUUUUAAAAUUCAUGAUAAAGGCCUGUCAGGUAGGAGGAGUAAGAUCUCUUGUCCAGAUACAUUUUCCUCCCUGUACAAUUCCACAGAAGUCCUCUGUGGCUGUGAUGAAUUAUCGUUCUUGAACUUAAACAUCUGAAUGAAUCAGCAUAUCGUCCCUGCGCGAGCAAAAUGGCUCUACUCAUUUUUGGUACUUUUGAGAUAACGGGGGGGGGAAAAAAUGUUCAAUUGGACAUUUUACUAUUUAAUGAUGGUAAAGCUUGCUGUGCAUGUUUAUUUUGUGACCGUCAGCUCAUUUUAGUUUUGACUUUGUCAAACGAUAGAUAGUAACACCAAACAAAAUAAGAGGCAAGUUGCAAUGUUGGCACAACUCUGAGUUAUGCCAUUUUGCUAGCACAGUGACGAUAUGUCAGUUUCUUUCCUCCUUCAGUUUUGAAGUGUAUUUGGCUUUUAUAUAUCAGUUACACUUCCCAUCGUACAGUCAUGAUGAUAAAAUACAGAAGGAAACCCUGUUCUUGGCUUGUUAACAUCCCUAGGAUGUGUAAUAAAUAUUUUGACUAUGCUUUCUUUUCCCAUUUUUUAAGGUUUAAACUAGUUUCCAUAUUGUACCAAGAGUAAAGUAGCUCUGAAACAAGAAGAUGCAGAAGAUAUUUUUAUAAUUAUUGUAAUUCAUUUUCACUCCAGUCAUAUUCAGCAGUUCAUGAGAUGUAAAGUAAAGCUGCAGAAUUUGUUUUAGUAAUUGUCAUAUAUGGAGUCAUGUAUAUCAUUUAGAGUUUUCAGUUACCGACUUUCAGACCAACACUUAGAAAGUCUUUGAUGAUGUUUUUUUUUUAUGUAGGCCUAUACUUGUUAUUAUCCCAUAUGUUUUACUUUUACUUCAAUGUCUUUAUUUUCAAUGGGGCUUGUCGUUUUAUCCAAAAAAGGGAAGUACCGUAAUGGCUCUCGAAAUUGUCUCAAUUGCUGCUCUAUGAUUUAAGUGAAGAAAACAACAUUCAGAAAAGUUAUCUAUGUACAUCUAUGCUAUUGUACUGUUCUGGGCCUGUAAAAAGAAAAUGGUUCAUAUUUAUUAAAUACAUAUUGCGAAGUACACAUUAAUACUUUGCCUUUUACACACUGAGUUCUGGUCAAUUUUCAAGGUUGCUUUUAGCCUUUUCUACAUGAUAUGGUUGCCUGAAAUCAGGCUGGUUUCUCUCAAUUGGUAGUGUCUAUGAAAUGUACGCAUCCUUAUAUUUAUUUUUCUGUAUAAUUUGUGUGUAUUUUUUAUGAUGGUUUUAGUUACGUUUAAUUGAUCUUGUUUGCGUCUCAGUUCCACUUUUCAAUAUUUGGAGUUGCAUCUAAUGUGACUAAUGUGAUCCUAAUUCUUUGACAUUUUAGAUCAUAAUAGAAAUUCCAACCACGUUCUCGUAAUGUGUUGGUGUUAUUGUUUCAGGAACAGUAAGUCUGUGGCUAAAUUAUAUCUCGUUUUAGGCCAGUCGGGUUAUUUAAUGAGGAGAAGGAAAAGUGUUCAACUUCUCUUGCAGUUCUCUUUCUCUUAAUGUUGUGUUGGAAUGAGGGCACUUUAUCUUUUGUUUAGUGAUACUGAUUUUUGUGAUUUCGAGGGUAUAACUCAGCUGUAUGUUGUGGUUGUUGGCAUGCUCUCUGCUCGGACACUUGCCAAGGGAGCCUUUAGUAAUGUCACGUCAGUGGGUCAGCUUCUGUUGAGUCCGCUUAUUAUUUUUAUAUCCCCAGUAAGAUCACUCCCAUUGUGUGCAAAUGACUGCACAUAUGGUAAACUCAAGUCUUGGAGGCCUGUCAGUGUCAUAUUGGGGAGAAGGAAGUAGAAAAGAAGUAUGUCUGCUCUGCUAUCCUUAGGCACAGUUUGCUUGUUGUUUAUUUUUACCUUAGUAAAAGCAGAUUUUUGUUUGGUUAUUUUUAACAAAGCAGCUUUAAGAUUAUUUUUUUAGCCUUUUAUACUAUUUUGAGACAUGUUUUUUAAAUUUUUUAAAGACUGGUUUUCAUUGUUUUGUUAUUAGAAAAUUGAGGCAAUCAAAGCGAAUGAUGUGUAUUGUUGGUACUUUUGGUAAGAAGCAAUCACUAUGCAUGGUUCAGGGACAUUGAUUAAUUAUCUAUCAUGUCAUCUGUAUCUGUAUUAUUAAUAACUUGUGAUGGAAGGGAGAAGGUUAUUUUCAUUUACCUUUGCAUAAAAUUGUUUAAUGCUCGGCUAACAUGCCAAAUGUUAACAUUCUUUGGGUAAAGAAAGAAGGGUCUUGUAGAACAGUUGUAGGAAGUCCUGGAAAGUUGAGGCCGUUGUGUACAUAAUAUGCGUUUGUAAGGCGGUUGUUUUUUUAAGCUCAUCUGAUACGUAUCGUCACUCUCAUAAGAUGCCAAUGUCAUUUUUAGCCAUUUUGAGAAAAUGAGAAAAAAUUGUCUCUUUCGAACAAUUGACUACAGGAAGCGUUUAAAUUUUGGAACUCUUAACUGGUUUUAAAAUUGGAUGUUUUUUGUCCAAGUGAACUAUUUUACCAAACUGGCCUUGAUCUUCAUUUCAGAACCAAAAACUCCAAACCUGCCAAAAAUGACCCUGGCAAUUAUCUUAUGAGCUUGACAAUAUAUAGAUAUAUGCACCUGUAUCAUGUGUGAACUUCAAAUUGAAAAAGUUGCCUACCUGUUCUAAGCAUGUAUUUUAUCAUUUUCUUUUUUACAAUGUAUUUUGUUUUCCCGCAUUGUGACAACCGGCAGUAUAUUGCGUCAGUGAAGAGUGUCUGUACUUUUGCAACCUGGUGUUUCUUGAUCUUUUCCCUGCCGCUGACGCUCUGCUUGAACACAACAAGUAAAUCUGAGCUUUUCAGGCUAUAUUUGCUGUCUAUCCGUAGGUAUAGAAAACUUUUGUAGUGCACUUUGUGGCUAAAGGUGUCAAUGCUUCUUGCUAGAGAGGUGUCCAUAAAGUAUAAAGUUUUGUUCCUUUCCUUUCCUGUACUUCAAAACUUUUAAAAAUUGAUUUAGAAUUCAUUUCAUGUAUUAACCUGCGAAGAAUCUCAUAAUUCUCAAACUUCUGCUUGUUUUAUGAGUCCAGUUUGAAAAAUAAGGAGUCAGUCCUCCAUAGAAUUCAGGUUCAGUAUUGUGUCUAUCUAUUUUUCUUUCAUGCAUGAUACAGAUCCCAAUGCAAAAAAUGGCAUCUUUCAGUUUCAAGCCUGCACUGUCUACAGAAUGUCUUUUCCUGCAUUUCAAACUUUAAUAAGACUCUCAACCAAGACUCUUUCUUUGCAUUCAUUAUUUUUCUUUCCCUAUUUGAUGACGUAUAAGAAUUGUAAGUCUUGCUAGACAUGGAGAAUGAGCUCGCACGAUGACACAGCCCUGAAGCCAGUUGGAAAAAGAUACAGAGUACCUUGAAUAUUGUUUGGUGUAUUAUUGGAAAAGUAUCCGAGAUCUCUGUGUUUUGAGAUGGACAAGAACAAGAACUUGUGUGCGAGUGUUUGUGGACGUAACCAUUUAUACUUGUAAUUGUGUUGUUGACUUCUUUUAAAAAAAUUAAUUUGAGAUAUAUAUAUUAUAAUACUGACAUUAGCACAACUUUUUUCUAUGUUGUGAGAACAUUUUUGUUUUGUUUUAUGGUAUAAAUUCUACAGAAUCUAUCCUUGUUUAGAAGUAGCAAGUCCUCAUUUGUCCACUGUUUUAGUUUUCACCUUCAUUUAUUCGUAAUCGUUUACCUCACGUACCGGUAUAUUGCACUGAACUGCAUUCCAUUCCUUUGGAUGUGUAUGAAGCAUCAUGGACUGUUUCAGAUAAUAAGUAAGAUAUUUCCUAUUGUGAUUGGAGAAUCUGGCACUUGCAGUAGUCUGCUUCCCAGGGCUAAUAAAUUCUUCAAGCACAAUAAGAUUCAAUCUAUUGUCUGAAAGUGGGAGUUACAGAUAUGAGCCUGCAUAAUUAUGACUGGAGAGCUGUUCUCUAUGGGUUUUAAAAGCUAGUUAUUACUUUGUAAAGUAUUGCUUUGCUACUUUCUGUGUGUGUAGGGUGAGCCUUCUAUGUGCUACCCAGCACUGUUUUAUGCUAAUGACCCUGGUUCAAGUCCCCAUUCACAAUGUUCUUGAACUUUGGUUCUUUGGGGAAUUUUUAAUGCUGUCCAUCCACAGAGGUUGAAUUUUGAGUUAUGCUUCUUACACAGCAUUACAGGGAUGUUAAUGAUAUUACAUGUAUCUCUUUUUUUCUAUCCCUCCUUUAUUACUGUCUAUCACCUUAUUUUCCUAAUACUAUUUGUCCUGUUACUUCAUUCAGCUUAGCUGUAUACAUACAAUGAAAAGUCCAGCCAUACCCGCUUCUCUGAAUGUCAUUUAUGUCGUGACCCCCCCUUCCCCCCCACGGAAACAAAAAUCUGAACAAUAUUUAUGGUGGAUCUGUAUUACGCGUAUUUCAAUGUCAGUCUCGGCAAGUCUCAAAGUGUUUGUUUUUUUAUCCAGGUGUGAAACUAUUUGAUAAUUUCACUGAUCUCCCUGCCCUCCAUUACUUUUAAGAGGUAAGACUAGUAAAAGUAACUAUUUUAAUCCACCUCCGCCAUCCUGAUCUUUUAAUGUUGUUUUAGUUAGUUUUGUUUUCCAUUUGAUGUGCACUGAUGUAACUAUGGCAGAACAAAUUAUUUUUGAUCCAUGAAUAAUAAGAGAACAAUUAAAUGCCCAUGAUGUACACUA